AAAUGGAUCAUUUUGAAGGUAAAUUAACUCUAUAGUUUUACACCGCACCGCAGGCGUUCUCGCUGUGUGCUCAGUACGCGGAAUCCCAGCGUGACCUCUACUGCAGUUGAAAACAGUGAGUGGGGGGCUCAGGGUGGGCACAGUAAUGUGAAGUUGGCAGUUCGUGUGGGUUUAAACUGGCCUCUUGACCCAUUGCUGUCCAAUAACAGCAGCGUAAAGCAGGCCUAUGUGCUCCGCGCUGUCAGUCGCCUUUCCGACCCGGGGUGUUCAGAGUGACCGUCGGUGCUGAGCCCGCAGCAGCAGCAGCAGCAGCAGCAGCAACAUGGGUGUGAUCAGCGUGCAGCUGGUGGUUACCAUGGUAAUGGCCUGCGUGAUUCAGAAAAUUAUACCUCACUACUCCUUCGCAAGAUGGCUCCUUUGCAGUGGCAGUCUGCGCUGGUACCAGCAUCCAACGGAAGAUGAGUUGAGGAGCUUGGCUGGGAAGCACCAAAAAGGAGGGAAGAACAAGAAGGACAGGAAAUAUAAUGGGCACAUAGACAACAAGCCACUGACCAUUCCCAAGGACCUCGACCUUCAGCUGGAAACAAAAUGUAUUGCAGAAGUGGACACACUAGCUCUGCACUACUUCCCAGAGUUUCAGUGGCUGGUGGACUUCACUGUGGCAGCAACAGCAGUGUACCUCAUCACCGAGUUAUAUUUCUGCAUGGCUGAGCCUAGUGGAGAGAUGAACAUCAGUGUCGUCUGGAGUCUGCUGGUGCUGGCCUUUGUCAUAAAGAUCCUCUUCUCCCUCACUGCUCAUUACUUUAAGCUGGAGGAAGGUGGGGAGCGCUCUCUUUGCAUCACUUUUGCCUUCUUCUUCUUUGUCAAAGCCAUGGCCAUCCUUAUUGUCACUGAGAACUACCUGGAGUUUGGACUUGAAACAGGUUUUGCAAAUUUCUCUGAAAGUGCUGUGCAGUUUCUGGAGAACCAAGGUCUCGAGUCCCAGGGCCCUAUAUCCAAACUGACCUUUAAGCUGAUUCUGGCUCUGCUCUGCUCUCUGAUUGGAGCGUUCCUCACCUUCCCUGGUCUAAGAUUGGCCCAGAUGCAUCUUGAUGCCCUCACCCUGAACACUGGCAAAAUGACACAGACUUUGCUGCAUAUCAACUUCUUGGCCCCUCUUAUAAUGGUCCUGUUGUGGGUGAAGCCCAUAACCAAGGAUUACAUAAUGAAUCCCACACUGGGGAAAGAAAGUGUGCCUUUGAUGUCAGAGAAGACAUAUGACACUCUACGCCUGUGGGCCAUCUUGCUGCUGUGUAUGCUGAGAUUGGCCAUGAUGCGCCACCACCUGCAGGCCUACCUCAACCUGGCCAAGAAGGGCGUGGAGCAGAUGAAGAAGGAAGCAGGUCGCAUAAGCACAGUGGACCUGCAGAAGAUGGUCGCUCGUGUCUUUUACUACUUAUGUGUGAUAGCUCUUCAGUAUGUGGCGCCCCUGGUGAUGCUGCUGCACAUGACUUUGCUGCUAAAAACGUUAGGUGGACAUUCCUGGGGGAUUUACCCUGAAGACAAUAGUUCGCCUUGCGUUGUGAAUGAAGACUCUGAAGCUGCCACACUUGGGCAAGGAGAGGCACAAGGUACACAAACGGUAGCCCAGUUGUCUGUGGCUUUAGGGGGACUGAGGACCGUUUUCACCCCUUUGCUUUUUCGUGGCCUCCUCUCUUUUCUCACCUGGUGGAUCGCUGCCUGUUUAUUCUCCACGUCCCUCUUUGGCCUCUUCUACCACCAGUACCUAAUGGCUGCAUAGUCAGCGAGGUGCGGUGUGCCUCAGGGGCCACCACGAAGGCCAAUGCUAAAGCAGAUAGGACUGCACAGCUCAAGGCCCAGGAACUCCAUCCGCCAUCUCUCUCACGACCAUAUCAGAGUUCCUCUCUUUACGGGCUUCCUCCAUGGACUGUUGUCCUUUUUUAAAGGCUCAAGGUCAAGUUCAGGCAACCGUAACAAACAAUAACAAUAAUAGUAAUAAUAAUGAGUAAUGAUGAUGUAUCGUUCAUAGUGGCGGUAAAUGUGAAUGGAAGGGUGUCUCCUAAAGGGGCUUUUGCUAAUUUCAGAUGGCAUAGCAUCCUUGGAUAAGCAGAGGGAUACAUUUUUAUGAGCCUUUUUUGUUUGUUUUAAACACACUGAGGGACACUUUUUAUGUGCAUUGCUAAUGAUUUAUUGAGAUACUGUAUUUUUAGAGCUGAGCUGAAUGGAAGAUGGAUGAUGUGCAAAAAACAAGCAGGUUUUAUAAACGUGAUUUUUAAAGUCAGUUUUUACAUUUGCCUCCUCCAACAUACAAACAUGGCUAUGCUGUAGGGGGGAUUUUCACCCCAGUGUUAAAACAGAAGGAAAUGAGUAUUGUGGUCUACGGUUAUAGCACUAAGGCACUGGUCAGUGUAGGGGUGUGUCCUAAUUAAAUGUCCAUUUUGUUUGUUUGGUCUGCAUGGAGGGUGGCAGCAAGUGGUUAACAAGCCUCCCCGUAUGAAGAGUCAUGUGUGACUGUAAAAGACUGAGCUAAUUUAACUGUAUGUGAGGGUGUGUAUGUGCACGUGCGUGUGCGUGAAGGAACAAGCGUUAGUAUAAAGACAUCAGUGCCUGCGGGCUGCAGCUGACCCCUGCUGCUGGUGGGCAUAAAUCUAAAAAGGGCAUUUUGAACAAGAAAGGAGCGAUCUUGGAAAACGAUCUAAAAAGCACUGGCCUCCGCUCUUCUCCUGCCCCUCCUUUAUCGUUUAACUGGUCAAACAUUUCGCUUUGAAUCUAGGGUCCAGCGUGAUCAAACAGAGCCUGUGAGCGCGCUCCACAUGUUCCCGUGUCACCCCUAUUGAUUUGCUGUCACGGAUCUAGUAUUCGGAUUGAUUUCCGUUUAGCUUUUAUAUUAAGGUGCCAAGUAUGCUUGUAACCCCUAAUCUGUUGUGAGUGUAACAUCUGCUUGUGUCCAUUCUCAGCGAUCGCACCAUAUGGCCUGCUGUGAAUUGUAAGUGUUAACACUCAGAUGUACUCUUCGUUGUACAAGUAGUGGUGAGGGGGGGAGAAAAAAAACUCAUGGCUUCUUUACAAAGAGAGUUCAGUGCGUUUCAUGUACUUCAGUAUAGCAGUGCAUGAAGCCGAAACAUACUGAAUUUAAUGAAGCAUCGGUCUGUUUAAAA